GGGACGUUCCACCGCAGCAGCAGCGUCUGGCGCCGGCCUGGGGACCAGCCGCGGCGUCUCGCGCUCUCACCCUCUCGCCUCUGUCUUGCGCAGCGGCCCGAGCUCGAGCCCCCCGCGCGCGCCCCCUCCCCACUAGCCCCAGGUCUGUAACCGCCGCCGUCUUCCUCGCCCCUCCCCCCCUACUCCGGUUCCGGGCCGCCCGUCUAAACCGCCCCCCCCUUGCUCCGCAGUGCCCGGGCCUGCCCGCCGCGCCCGCCCCGGAGACCGUCCGCAGACAGCCGCCGCCGCCGCAGCAGGAGGUGGCGGAGGCCGGGAUGUCCGGGCAGCAGCAGCAGCAGCAGCUUCCGUUGGCGGCGGCGGCUCCCCAGGCCUCGGGGAUCGCCGCCCCCGCCGCUAGCGCCGGCCCAGCUCCGGCCUCGGCCCCGGGGGCCGCGCUGCUGCUCCACCCGCCUCCCCCGCCGCCACCGGCCACCGCGGCCCCGCCGCCUCCCCCGCCCCCGCCUGCCGCCGGGCCCCUGCCCGCCCUGGGCCUGCCGGCGGGGAGCAGCGCCCCGGCCGCCUUCCCGCACGGGGACCCGGCCCUUAACGAGCAGGAGAAGGAGCUGAAGCGGCGGCUGAAGCGGCUCUACCCGGCCGUGGACGAACAGGAAACCCCGCUGCCCCGCUCCUGGAGCCCGAAGGACAAAUUCAGCUACAUCGGCCUCUCGCAGAACAACCUGCGGGUGCACUACAAAGGCCAUGGCAAAACUCCAAAGGAUGCUGCUUCAGUUCGAGCCACACACCCUAUACCUGCAGCCUGUGGAAUAUACUAUUUUGAAGUUAAAAUUGUCAGUAAAGGAAGAGAUGGUUACAUGGGAAUUGGGCUUUCUGCUCAAGGUGUAAAUAUGAACAGACUACCAGGUUGGGAUAAACAUUCAUAUGGUUACCAUGGAGAUGAUGGACAUUCAUUUUGUUCCUCUGGAACUGGACAACCCUAUGGCCCAACAUUUACAACUGGUGAUGUCAUUGGUUGUUGUGUAAACCUUAUCAACAAUACCUGCUUCUACACAAAGAACGGACAUAGUUUGGGUAUUGCUUUUACGGAUCUACCGCCAAACUUGUACCCUACAGUAGGGCUUCAAACACCAGGAGAAGUGGUAGAUGCUAACUUUGGGCAGCAUCCAUUUGUGUUUGACAUUGAAGACUAUAUGCGAGAAUGGAGAACCAAAAUUCAGGCUCAGAUCGACAGAUUUCCUAUAGGAGAUCGGGAAGGAGAAUGGCAGACAAUGAUUCAAAAAAUGGUUUCAUCUUAUUUAGUUCAUCAUGGGUACUGUGCAACAGCAGAGGCUUUUGCCAGAUCUACAGACCAGACUGUACUAGAAGAAUUAGCCUCCAUUAAAAAUAGACAAAGAAUUCAAAAAUUGGUUUUAGCAGGAAGAAUGGGAGAAGCCAUUGAAACAACACAACAGUUGUAUCCAAGUUUACUAGAAAGAAAUCCUAAUCUCUUAUUUGCAUUAAAGGUGCGCCAGUUUAUAGAAAUGGUGAAUGGUACAGACAGUGAAGUGCGGUGUCUGGGCGGCCAUAGUCCAAAAUCACAAGAUAGUUACCCUGUAAGCCCUCGAUCAUUUAGUAGUCCUAGCAUGAGCCCCAGCCAUGGAAUGAAUAUUCACAGUUUAGCAGUGAGCAAAGGAAGCAGCACACACUUUUCUGGUUUUGAAAGUAGUUGCAGUAAUGGAGUAAUAUCAAACAAAGCACAUCAGUCUUACUGUCAUAUUAAACACCAAUCCACAAGUUUGAAUGUACCUGAACUCAACAAUAUAAAUGUAUCAAGAUCACAGCAAGUUAACAGCUACACCAGUGAUGUAGACAUGGAAACAGAUCACUACUCCAAUGGAGUUGCAGAGACUUCAUCCAAUGGCUUCCUAAAUGGUAGUUCUAAACAUGAUCACGAAAUGGAAGAAUGUGACACAGAAAUGGAAGUUGACUCAAGUCAGUUAAGACGUCAACUAUGUGGAGGUAGCCAAGCAGCCAUUGAAAGAAUGAUCCAUUUUGGAAGAGAAUUGCAGGCAAUGAGUGAACAGCUAAGGAGAGAAUGUGGCAAAAACACAACAAAUAAGAAAAUGCUGAAGGAUGCAUUCAGUUUACUUGCAUAUUCGGAUCCUUGGAGCAGUCCAGUUGGAAACCAGCUUGAUCCAAUACAGAGAGAACCUGUGUGCUCUGUACUUAAUAGUGCAAUACUUGAGACCCACAAUCUGCCAAAGCAGCCACCACUUGCCCUAGCAAUGGGACAGGCUUCACAGUGUCUAGGAUUGAUGGCGCGUUCGGGAAUUGGGUCGUGUGCAUUUGCCACAGUGGAAGACUAUCUACACUAGCUAUGCAUUUGAAGAUCUCAAGUAUGUAUUGUGGCAUAUUCAACAUGGAGGUAGAUCAGCUCUGCUGACUGGAAUUUGGAUCUUUUAAUUAUGUACUAAGGACAGGUCUGUCGCUUUAUGUUGCUUCCUAGUUUACAGCAUGAUGCAAAUGAUUUUCUAACUUAGUGUUAGGAGAAAUUUUCCAUCUUUAACCUCUUAGACAACUAAGAGUUAAAAGUAUCACUGAUAAUGUCAGACAUCCAAAUUGACAAUUACAAAUUCUUUAAAUGAUUGUUCAAAACAAACCAAAAAUCCUACCACUUUGAGGUGGGGCAGAAGAAUAGAAAAUGUUGUGGAUGUGUUAGCAUGUGGGUGAUGUAAACUUCAAGCAGGAUGACUUGCCAACCUCCACCCUCAUUAUUACAUAGUUCAAUCAGUGUAACUUGCAAAAUGCAUAAACACCUGACAGUUUGGAUAUAUAGUGUUGAUGGGAAGAAAUAUUUUUUAACGUGUACUGUAAAACUUGAAAUACUCAGGAGCUGAGUGAAUAUGUUUGUUGCUACUUACAAUCCCUACCUGUUGAUCUUAGUAGUUUUUGUUUUAACAUGGUCUUUUCAACUUUCUUUAACUACAGACAACUUCUGUUAUAGACUCACCAGUUUAACUGUUGUAUAAUAACAGUAUUACAUGUCACAGUGUGGUUACGACCUCUAUUUAUAUAAAAACCAAAUAUUAGUCAAUUUACAGUCUUAAUUUAAUCUUUGUACACCUUGCAUUUUUAAAAGUGCUUAAAUGAGUACUAUAUUGCAAUAAAAUGUAGUGAUAUAAUUAACCAGCCAUUAAAAACUUACUUCUACAGGUAUUAGAAGCAUGGAUUUGUAUGCUACACUGAUUCUACUUUCUGUUCUAGCUUUUGAAACUGAUGUGAAUUGAUCACUUUAAUUAUGUACAGGGCAGAAGCAUCAAGUAAUUGUAGAAAGUUAAAAUAGCUUAAAAGCUGCUUUCUCAUGAG